CUGAGAUGGUGGAACUUUUAAUUCAGACCGGUGCUGAUGUGAGUGUUCGAGAUACUAAAAAUUGGAAUUCUUUGAUGUAUGCUGCGUCAAAAGGUCAUGUCAGCACUGUGGAGUUACUACUCAAGCACAAUGCAAAUCAGUUUGACGUUAACGAAGAAGGUAACAAUACAUUAAUGGUUGCUGCAGACAAUGGAAAAGUAGAAAUCGUCAAACUACUUCUAGAACAUUGCGCUGAUAUUUCCACUCGAAAUAAAGUGGGACAAAAUGCUUUGUAUUUGGCUUCCCUCAAAGGUCACAAUGAAACAGUUAGCGUGCUAAUUACACAUAAGGCAGAUAUAAUGAACAUCAAUACUAAAGACGAUAAAGGAUGGGAUUCUUUAAUGGCUGCUGUUUCGAAAAACCGCUUAAGCACAGUUGCUUUACUUUUAAAAAAUAAAAUAGACUUUUGCAAUAUAAACAACGAUGGCUUUAAUGCCCUCAUGAUUGCUGCUCAGAAUGGUUGUGUGGAUAUUUUAAAAUUACUUUUAGACCACAAAUUUGACCAAACGUUGAGAGAUACAUCAGGAAACGAUUCAUUGAUGCUUGCUUCUCUAAACGGACAUUCGGAAAUAGUUGAACUGUUAGUUCAGAGCGGGGGAGAAAUUCACAACAGAAACAAUGGAGGAUGGAAUGCCUUAAUGUGUGCUGUUUCUAAGGGGCAUUUAGAGACAGUUGAGAUGCUUUUAAAACACCACGCAAACCCAUCUGAUAUUAAUGAUGAAGGUUCUAAUGCAUUGAUGAUUUCCGUCGCCAAAGGACAUGUGGAUGUUGUAAGAUUACUAUUAAAACAAAACCCAGAUACGUCGACCAUUAAUCAAAAUGGACAAAAUGCAUUAUUUCUAGCAGCGCUGGUUGGUCAUUGCGAAAUCAUAAAAAUAUUGCUUGAAAGCAAAGCAGAUAUCCACAGCACAAAUAAUGUUGGAUGGAACUCUUUAAUGGCCGCAGCUUCGAAGGGUCACGUCAAUGCGGUGGAGCUUCUUUUGCAACACAAAGCUAAUGUUUUAUCAAGAAAUACAAAUGGGCAGCAUGCACUUCAUGUAGCCUCACAACACGGGCAUGUAGAAGUUGUCAAGCUACUUCUCGAUAAAUUAAACCUCAACGACAAAGACAAGAACGGUUGGACCAGUUUAAUGGCAGCCGCCUACGAAGGGCAUUUAGAUACGGUUAAAACUCUUUUAGAUAACGGCGCAAUUCCGUCUGAUGUUAAUAAUGACGGUUCAAACGCAUUUAUGCUGGCGGCGUUAAAUGGUAAAGUUGAAAUAGUUAAAUUGUUUUUGAAAUCUCAAGUUGAUAUUUUGGCAACCAAUAAUCAGGGACAGAACGCUUUAUAUUUAUCAUCGCUCAACGGGCACAUUGAAAUUGUGAAAAUUUUGCUUGAAAACAAGGUUGAUAUCAACAAAAAAGACAACAGAGGCUGGAAUUCUUUAAUGGCAGCAGUAUCAACCGGACACUUGUCUACUGUUAAAUUACUUCUACAGAACAAAACAAACCAGUUUAUUGUAAAUGCAUUUCAUAUUGCAGUAGAGUAUGGACAACUAGAAAUAGUACAAUUACUGUUAAAACAGCAUGUUAAUGUUUCAAUUGCGAACAAGUCGAACCAAAAUGCAUUGUUGAUUGCUGCUUCUAAAGGUUAUGACGACAUUAUCGAACUGUUGCUUAAAAACAAGGCAGAUAUUGCAAGCAAAAAUAAAAGUAAAUUGAAUUCAGUAAUGCUUGCUACUCUAAAUGGACACACAAGAACCGUUCAGCUACUUUUGAAACACGGUUGUAGUCAGUUUGAUGUAAAUAAAGAUGGAUCAACUGCAUUGAUGAUAGCUGCUGAAACUGGUAACGUAGACAUCGUCAAACUGUUUUUGAAAGAUAAUUCUGAUGUCUCAACAAAAAAUAAUCUUGGGAUAAAUGCACUGUACUUAGCUUCAAUGAAAGGGCAUAUGCACAUUGUGGACUUGUUACUGCAACAUAAGGCAGAUGUCCACAGCAGUGAUAAUGCGGGGACAAAUGUACUAAUGAUCGCGGCAUCAAAUGGACAUUUCGCUACAGUAAAACUUCUCUUAAAAAACGAAGCCCGCCUCGCUGAUGUUAACCUACAAGGAUAUAACGCUGCAGAUUUAGCUGCUAUAUCUGGGCAUUCUCAAAUAUUGGAUUUACUUAUACAUAAGAAGUUUGCAUUGAAUUCAACGAAUCAGGGUCAAUGGACAGAAGGAAAAAUAAAAAGUUUGAAUAGCAAAAUCAGCCUAGAUUGUCAAUUAUUACUAUUAAUCAAUGCAAUUUUGUUUUAUGAAAGACAGGAAGUAAUUAAAGUGUUAAUGUGCUACAUUCAAGAUACAAAAGAAUGGAGCUUAAAUAAAAUCAACUUAAAUAACAUACAAAGUACCCUCAAAGUGGUAAAAUAUCUGUAUGGACUUACGGAACAUAAGAUGGUUCCAAUUAAAGAAAUACAGAUCCACCUGGCUGAAGUUUUAUCUGAAUUUGCAAAGCCAAAUGUGAAUAUUCAUCUGUUUGAACACUGUGUUUUUGAAAAAUGCUGUCAUUUCAUUUAUAUGUAUGUAGACACGACUUCUAAGAAAAAUUUGAGCCUAAUAGCGCAAGACUUGGUAAAGUAUAAAUAUGCAGAGCUUUCCGUUAAAUAUCUACAAAUGUCUAAACUAUUUGAAUUCUCUGCACAUUAUUAUAUGGGAAUAAUUCUCGAGACAAUGAAGGGGUUUAGCGAUAAUAACAGGGACUUUUUAGAGUCUUUGGCUCAAAGUGGAAUAGCAAAGGUACUAAUAAAACAUCUAGGUGACAUAACAGAAAAAGAAAUUAACCAGAGCUUAUAUAUUUUCAUUGGCCUUGCUGUUGGGGUUUUAUUCAAUCUGACACUAAUUUGGAAUUUAGAAAACGAAAGGCUGAAACUUUUGAAGAUUUUGUCUAACUUAAUGCAUGUGAAAGACGAUGAACUAGUGAUGAGUAUUAAAAUAUUAAUCACAUUCUUGGAUGCCGAAUGCGAUGUUUUUGUUCCUACAAAAGAUGACUUGGAAAUGUUAAAACAAUGGAUGGAGAAAGCACUUACAGAAGAGAACAGAGCUUACAAAGGCUUUAGCUUAUCCUCUUUAACACAGUGUCUGGAAAAGUUUUAUUUAAAAUCCAAAACUGGCUACAAGAUACUGCAUGCUACGCCAAUGAGCAGCAUUCACCUCAUGCUGAAUUCUAAAAAUCUGGAUGAGCAAGAAGCAACCCUAGAUUGGAUUAAAGCAAUCGUCCGACAAAAAUAUGGGAAACAAUUGAUUCGGAGAAACGCUGAUGUAGUUGACACUCUGAAUAGACUGUCAAUGUCUGACAAAAAAUCGAUUAAACAAAAAGCAAAAUCUGUUAUUUUGGUAAUAAAACGAGAAUUAAUUCGAAUACAAGACGAUGAAGAAAUAAUUUCUGCUGAGUUUCCGGAUCAUUGGGCAAAAGCUGACUUCAUCGCCAGAGGCCAAUUUGGUACAGUGUACCACAUAGAAGACAAACUUGCUCCAGGCUUGAAAAAAUACAUAGCAAAAUAUAUUGUGAUUGAAAAAAAUGCUACAGAUCACUCAUUGAAUUUAAUGGAAUUAAGCAUAUUGAUGAAAAUAGAGCAUGCAAGAAUUGUAAAGUUCCAUGGCUUCAAGAGGGAAACACAAAAUAAACUUGUUUUAUUUUUCGAUUUCAUGAAAUAUGGAUCCAUCAAAUCGUACAUAAAAGACAAACCUUUGCAAGAGAAACAAAUUCGUAUUUUUACGCGACAAAUCAUAGAAGGACUUCACUAUUUACACACAUUUCAACCACCAAUUGUGCACAGGGAUAUAAAAGGAGAUAAUAUUCUUCUGGAGAACGAAAACAGCGUAAAAUUAUCAGAUUUUGGUACGUCUAAGCUGGUUAAUGAUUUCACUAAGGCUAAAACAUGCGUGGGUACCGUAAAGUGGAUGGCUCCAGAAGUAAUGAUUGCUGAUCAUCAGCAAACGUGCGGCUGUAAUUCUGACAUUUGGAGCGUGGGAUGUACAGUAAUUGAAAUGGCUACGGGGAACCCGCCAUGCUAUCAAUAUCCUGAUACUUGGUAUAUUUUACAUAUCAGUAGUCCCAACAAGCCUUUAUAUGAACUACCUGAUUGGUCGUCGCAGGAAAUGAUCAGCUUUCUAGACCAAACCUUGCAACAUGAUGUGAUGAAACGCCCAUCAGCAAAAACACUAUUGGACCACCCUUUUACUGUCACAGAAAACUCCGACUGAUGUUUAUCUUAAUUCAAUGCUUAUCGUUGAUAAAACAA